AUGGAUCCUAACCGAUUGUAUGACAAUGUGCUGGGCAACAUGGAUGCCCCUCCGAUGAAUACAACGAGAUCUGCAUCUCAGGGAGGAAUUGAUCCAUUACAGGUCGAAUUACAACAUCGUUUGAAUAUACAGGAUACGCUGCCUAAGGAUGAAUAUUAUCACUCAAUGGAAGCCAGGUAUAAACCCCUACCAUAUGUGUCCAAUUAUACCUCGGUGCUGGCCACGUUGCAACAGCGGGGUGAACCUAUAAAUCAUAGAAAUAUCGCCAUCAAAAAUGAAUUGGCACUUAAAAAAUAUUAUUCGUUUAGGAAACCAAGUAAUCCAAAUAAUACAACAUCUUUGAGAAGUGGCAGUGUGGCAAGUUCUACGGACUCUUCAUCUUCAUCCACGGGCCAAAAUGACCGAGCAAUGAUAGACUCUCUACUGGAAUCAUUUUUAACAUCUUCCCAUGAACCCAUGCUGACUGAGAGGAAAAAACAUUUAGUAUCACAUACUUUGGCAGAAAUAAAUGCACCACCACCGAGGAGAGCAUCCACAAAUUUUAGUACUUCAUCUACAGCAACCAAUUCAAGAAAAAGUAGUGCCUCUCAACAACGACAACAAGAACAGGAGUCUGCAGAAUUCACUGCGCCUUAUUUGAAAUAUUAUCAACGUCUAUUGACAGUUAACUUGAGAGGAUGGGAUAUUUUGAAGAGAUAUAACUUGUGGUUGCCAACAGUGAGACCAGAUUUUCAAAAUAUACUUCUUUCCAAUAGAACGCCACCUUCGAAUAAUAUUAACCAAAGUGAAAAAAUUGGAGAAAUGGAUAUGGUGGAAAGAAUGCAAGAGAAAACUAAUCCAUUAUUCAUUGGAGGCGCCAAUUAUGUUCCAGAACAGUAUGAUACAUACGCCGGGAGUUCGUUAGUCACUUCUCUAUUCUCUGAACUAAAAUUACCAGCAUUUACCUAUCAUUGUUCUGUGAAUAUAAAUGAUAGUAUUUAUAUAUUGGGUGGUCUCAUUCCUUGCUACCAAUACGAUGAAGAAGCUCCAAAUCUACAUGAUUUUGUCGUGGAUCCUAUAAAAAAUCUACCACCACCAAUAUUGGAAGAAAUUAUUAAUGAUCCAUCAAUGAUAAGUAAUCCUUAUCUAUAUUUUACUAAUUUAUCAUCAAAUCAUCUAAGCAAACCAGAAAUAUCAGGUCAUAUCCCCCCACCGCUAAUAUGCGCACAAGGUUCCAAAUUAACUGAAAGGCAUAUCUUCUUUUAUGGUGGUUUUGAGCUGAAAACUGAAUCCACAUACGAUAAUGAAGGAAGAUUUUAUUUGAAAAAAUCUGUUUUCUUAAAUAAUGAUGGUUACAUCCUAGACACCAUGACAUUUAAAUUUACCAAAGUGGAAAUUAUUUCACAACAACAAUCUUCAACAUCAACAUUAUCCAGUGUCUCCACGGCGAAAAAGGCAAUGCCAUCAAUGAAACACCCGACGGGUAGUUCUCAUAAUAAUGUUUAUAGUAAUAUGCCCCCCAGAUUUGGUCAUAUACUGUUUUCCACUAAUGAAAUACCCAGUUCAGUUGAUGAUUCCAAUUUUUCUGCAUCACAUAGUUAUUCAAUUCUCGUAUUCGGUGGAUACACACAAACAACAGAUGAUAAAUAUAUUGCAAUGAAUGAUCUUUGGAAAAUAGAAGUCCCCGUACAAAUGCGAGGAAAGAGAGGUUAUUGCAAAUUUGCAGAUACAGCAAUGGCAACAUUAAUUACCAAAGAAAAUUGUAAAGAUGAAUGGCCUUGUGAAAGAGGUUUUGUAAGUGUAUGUUCCAUCGAUAAAUCAAUCUUAGAAUCCUAUAAUUUUGAAACUGAAUUAUUAGAAAAUUUGGAAAAAAAUUUCAGAAUUGAAGAUGAAGACGAUACAACAACCAAUACAGAUUCCAAGAUUGAAUCGAAAAAUUUAUCUAAAAGAUUGUUUUUCAAUACAAAGAAGGAUGUCAGUAGUAGUGGUAUUAAUUUAGGAUCUACAUCAAAGGACCAUCCUCCAGUACCACAACUUCAUUCACCAACAGGAAAUAAACCUUUAGGAUCUAAGAAUGGUAUCCAAUCUGUACCGAUGCAAAAGCGAGGUACGGGGAGUCACGAGACAGAAGGUAGUAGUUCCAAUAAAUCUAACCUUCUCAUAAAUAAUCAUGGUAGCAAGAACAAUAAUACUGGGAAGAAAAUGAUUAUAAUACAUGGUGGCUCCAAUGAUCAUAAAGUGUAUGGUGAUAUGUGGUGGUUUGAUGUUGAAAUGGAAAAAUGGACCAAAAUAGAUAUGUAUGCGGAAACUAAUGAUGCAAAGGAAGGUUUAGUAAACUGUGAUCUUGCAUUAGUAGGUCAUACUAUGGCAAUUAUUGGUCAUUAUGCCAUAUCUGUUGGUGGUCUAAUUCAACAAGAUGUUGAUACUUUGUUUAUUUCAGAGGAUACACCCGCCCAAAACGAUGAACCUAAUGCUGAUUUACCCGUUGGUUCAUUCAUGAUUAAUAUCAUUAAUCUAAAUAGACAAUGUUUGAGAGAUCAAAAAGUUGUUAUCAAUUCGAAGCAAAGGUGGCCUAUAAUAAAGGGAGGUGACAAGAUAAAUAAAUCAGAUUUGGUCAUGAGUAUUGCAUGUAGAUCUCAUCUUUCCAAUGAUGGUAUUGUUAUGAUUGGAGGUAUAUUGGCCAAGAGAUCCAACAUUAAAGAGAUAUUUUUAAGAGGAGCCGUUAUUGAAUGUUUCCUACCAUCAACAAGUUCACUAAUGUAA